UCACCGCAAACUGACCAACGGUCUGUAUCUUACCUCCGCCUUUACCCUUACCACACGCGACCUCAUAUAUGAACCAGCCGUUUUCGCCUCUCCUCUAAUUUCCCUCGGACGCGUUUUGACAGGCGGGCUUCGCAUGUUCUUUUUUCUCUCUUUUUUUUCCCUCCCGCUAUAAUAUUCAUUUCUUUUCACCUGCAUAAUCACCCGAUAUUUCAACCUAAACUGGACACAUAGGCACAACGCGCGCCUCCGGUGCAUACCCUCACUUUUGCCUCAGCAAUCUUCAAUAACCCAGCACCUGAGUUAAGCCUCGACAGUGCAGCCUAGUGCUAGAGCUUUUCUAUCAACCAACCACAACUUUCUGAGCCAGCUUCCCCCGCAGAGGUCAAUAUGGCUCCUCAAGAUAGCUUCAUCGAUGAUGAGGAGGAUACAUGUCCUCUGUGCAUAGAAGAAUUCGAUCUUUCCGACAGAAAUUUCAGACCCUGUCCUUGCGGAUAUCAGAUUUGUCAGUUCUGUUUCAAUAACCUGAAAAACAACCUUAAUGGACUGUGUCCUGCAUGUCGGCGGCCCUAUGACGAAAAGGACAUAAAGUGGAAGGUUGUUACACAUGAAGAAGAGGCAGAGUUUCGCGCCAAUAUCCAAAAGAACCAGAAGAAGCGAGCAUCGGAACAACGUCAGAAGGAGGUGCAGAAACGCGAGGCCGAAAAGGAAAGUCGCAAGAAUCUCCAGGGCGUCCGUGUCGUACAGAAGAACCUUGUCUAUGUAACGGGUCUUACACCUACCGUGCGGGAAGACGAACUGCUCAAGACACUUCGUAAGCCCGAAUUCUUUGGUCAAUAUGGCAAUAUUCAAAAGAUUUCGAUUAGCAACCGGAAAUCUGCGGACGGCCAACCUCAGUCACUCGGUAUCUAUGUCACGUUCGAGAAGAAGGAAGAUGCUGCUCGUUGUAUACAAGCCGUACACGGUUCGCAAAACGGUGACCGUGUCCUCAAGGCCCAGUUGGGAACGACAAAAUACUGCUCAGCCUGGUUGAGACACGAACAAUGCGGAAAUCGACAGUGUAUGUUUCUACAUGAGCUUGGCGACGAGGAGGACAGCUAUUCUAGACAAGAUCUGUCCUCCCUAAACAGUGUCCAUACUCAACGUCCCUUAGCGAAUGCAGCCUCGUCAUCACGAUCUGCAUCACGCCAGCAAGUGUCUCAUUUGCCCGCAGCUCUCUCGCAGCCCAUGGCCCGCACUGCUAGUAAAGAAGGGUCAGAUGCUGGUGACGGACCUGCCCUGCCGCCUUCAGCAAACUGGGCACGGACCACUCAGCAGCGCAGUCGAAGAGGGAGUCACGCAACAAGCGGAGCAGCUUCGAGUCCUGCUAUCUCGACCUCCUUGCCGGUUACCAGCGAAUCGACACAGGAGGCUGUUGAAACUGCAGUGACCACAGAGCCGCCUCCUUCAACUAGUCGAAAAGCAGAGAAACAGCCAGCAGUCGAUACACCUGCCAAGUCCGAACCCGCUAGCUCUAAGGCUAAUUCUACGACUGCGACUGCGACUGCGGCGGCAGCGGCUACGUCUGAUUCAGAAGAUGACAUGCCUGAUUUUGGUGAACUUUUCAAGGUCCUCGCUCGUACUCGUCCUGAAACGUUUCUCCCACCUAAAAAUAAAGAUGAGUCGUUCCCCCCUUUAUUUGACGUAAAUGGUGGCGCGAAAAGGCGGGCUAUGAGGGAGGAGGAAGAGAACCGCUUAGGUGACCAUGAAGAGCAAGUUGACAACUUGGAGGCCUCAGAGGGCGAGCCCGAGAGCGGUAGCCUUGCGCUCGGUGGGGAACCGGAGGAUAGAGACCAAGGUCGCGACAAUGGUCGUUACGACCAAAGGCGAAAUCCGACACAACCUCCGAUUCAGCGUACAAAUGCCAACGAUCUCUUUGGACCAAGCCUAUCUGGCUACUCUCAGAACCCCGCGGCUAUCGGCUCUAUUGGGGGACGCACGAUAACGCCGCAACAGCAACAGCAACAGCAACAGCAGCUCUUCGUUCGUCCUCAAGGCAGUUUUGCCGACCAAAUGCCGCCUGGCAUCUCCCCGCAGUCCUCGCUCUUCCAGGGCCAGGGGCACAGUCGCCAGCAGUCCAGGUUUAGCUUUGCGAACGAGAACAGUGCCAGCUCGGUCAAUGUGAAGUCGACUGGCGACCCGCGGUACAUGGCUCAGCAGUCAUCUAUGAUGCCAUCCGCAUAUCGCGCGCAGCCAGGCAACCAGCUCUAUUCUUCUAUACCAGGACCCCCACCAGGACUCAAGUCUGCUGGUUCAACGCCUGUAAAUGGCGGCAUGUUCGGCCAGGGGCAUUCGUUUGGUGGGUCGGCAUUUGGCGCGGGAUCGAAGGAUAAUUCUAGUGAAAUUCUCCAGUCUCUCAUCCGUGGUAGGGGCAGCACCCAAAGCCAUGAAGCCACAAAGCGUGAGUACUUCCCUUUCAGUAAUCAAUAUCCACCCUCCACCUCCUCCACCCCUGCUCCUGCUCCGGCUCCGGGCCUUCUGGCAUCGCUCCAAGGUACCCAGCCUGGGGCUUUCCAAGAUUUCGGACCAAAGCAGAAGAAGAAGGGGAAGAAGCACAGACACGCUAACACUUCCUCCUCUGGGGGGAGUGGCUUAGUAGAUCUUGCGGACCCGAGUAUCCUGCAGGCGAGAAUGCAGCACCAGCAACAGGGAACCGGCACCGGAGUCGGACAGGGGCUAUACGGUGGACAAACCCAAGGUGGGUACAAUCCCAGCAUGGUUUAUGGAGGCGGCGUAUACGGCGGCAGGUGGUAGCUGCUUUGUAGCGCAUGAGGAGUAUGGCGGCGCGUUUGUUUUCUUUUUUUGCUUGGCUUCGCCGGGGGUUACGUCGGGGGCGUCUAGGUUUUCGGAAGGGAUCAAAGGAAAUAAUCGGAAUAUUCCACAACAUUGUUUGAGCGAGCAUUGCAGAGAGGCAUGGCCCAGGGCGGGUCUAGGUUGCAUUUGGCGUCCCCAUUGCUCUUGGAAACGACGAGGCUUCGCGGCCAGUGCUUUGCCUUUCAGAUGAUACACACUUCUUUUCUGGCACUAUCCUGUUGUUUGUUCCUCGCAUUAUUCGGUCACAUGGUCACGCCAGGCAAG